CUGUCACCGCAGUUCACCCUACCUUAUCCCCUCUCUCAGUGGGCUGCGUGGCCUGUCCUCGGAGCUCCUCCCCAAUCCUGGCAUUUCUAUGUACUGCGCUCCCUGCUCUGCAGUCCGGUCUGGUCUGCAGUCCGGUCCUAUCUGCUGUAUGUCCGCAGUCUCUGGUCAUCUCCUGUACUGUGUCCGCAGUCUCUGGUCAUCUCCUGUACUGUGUCCGCAGUCUCUAGUCAUCUCCUGUACUAUGUCCGCAGUCUCUGGUCAUCUCCUGUACUGUGUCCACAGUCUCUAGUCAUCUCCUAUACUAUGUCCUCAGUCUCUGGUCAUCCCAUGUACUGUGUCCGCAGUCUCUGGUCAUCCCCUGUACUGUGUCCGCAGUCUCUGGUCAUCUCCUGUACGGUGUCCACAGUCUCUGGUCAUCUCCUGUACUGUGUCCGCAGUCUCUGGUCAUCUCCUGUACUGUGUCCGCAGUCUCUGGUCAUCUCCUGUACUAUGUCCUCAGUCUCUGGUCAUCCCCUGUACUGUGUCCACAGUCUCUGGUCAUCUCCUGUACCGUGUCCGCAGUCUCUCGUCAUCUCAUGUAGUAUGUCUGUAGUCUCUGGUCAUCUCCUGUACUGUCUGCAGUCUCUGGUCAUCUCCUGUAGUAUGUCUGCAGUCUCUGGUCAUCUCCUGUACUGUCCGCAGUCUCUGGUCAUCUCCUGUACUGUGUCCGCAGUCUCUGGUCAUCUCCUG